AAUGAAAAAUGGCAAUUAGUUUGAAAUUUGUUCUAUUGAACCAUUUGGGAACGUUUUCUCUCCUUUCCGCUAAUUGUUUUGGGGUUUAUGGUUAUGCAAGUUUUCUCUACCAAUGGUUGUGAUUUUGUGUCCUACUGGUGGUGAACGUUUCUGUCUCGAUGGUUGUUUUGGUUUAGGGGUUUGGCAAUAUUAUGGUUGUUCAUUGGAUUUUCGAUUUAGGGUUUAACGCUUCGUUUAGGUUGGUGGGUAGCACGGUGGGUUGAGGGCAUUGCGUUUAGGGUUUUAUAGCAGCGAAAAAGGGAUUCUAGGUGUUGGUGUUGCGUUUAGGGAGAACAUUUGUUGAUGAGAAAUUUGUGCAACCUGUUACGCGAAGAGAAAGCGACCCAAGCAAAAUAUGUUUUCAUGGAAUGGAAGAGUCCAACGGGAUAUGUUGUGAAGAUGGUUGCGGAUUUGAAGGAUAGAGAUGACGGUGAUGGGUGAGCGGCCGUACAUUUUUCGAUAGAGAUGAUGGUGGAGGGAAUGAAGGUCGCGGCCCAUGUGGUUGAAGGGGCGGCGAGGUUUCUGGUGGCUGUGGAGUUGAAGGUUUUUUCAUCUUCGUGCCGCUUGUGAAGUAUAGAGAUGAUGGUACCAAGGCACUCAACAUUAACAGGUGAUUUAGAGAAAGAAAGGUACUUUUUCAGCAUCAAAGAACCCAAAUAUCCUAACGGCUAUCGCUCUAACUGAGCCACCGGUUCAAGUUACUAGAAGGCCAUUGGGUUACACAAACAAAUUUUAACUUCAAAAGGGAACCAAUUAGUGGGAAUGAAGAAGAAACUUGUUUUCUACAGAGGAAAACCGCCUCAUGGAUCCAGAACCGAUUGGAUCAUGCACGAGUAUCGCCUCCUUAACGCUCCGUCUCAGGUUCCCAUGGAAAACUGGGUUUUGUGUCGCAUAUUUUUGAAGAGGAGAAGUGGUUGUAGAAACGGGGAGGAGAAGGAGAUGGAGAGUUUGAGAGGCGAAGUGGAUAAUAGGAAGGUGAGGAAGUCGAAAAUGGUUUUCUAUAACUUUUUGAAGAGCAAGACCGAUUCCUUAUCUUCUGUCGGUAGUGGAAUUACUCAUGAAUCAGAUGAGCAUGAAAAGAGUAGUAGCUCCGACACCUUCCCUUAUUUUAGAAGAAAACCUUGACACCCUCCACUUAAAUUCUAGUGUUAUUGCUUGUUUUAAAAUCAUCUCCGAUCAACCUAAGCUUUACCUCUUUCUUUUAUUGUCUUUCCCUGUAAUUAUCUUCUUUCCACCGGUGUUGAGGGUAGUCUAGGUCUGGAGAGUAUGCUAGGUCCACAAUAUGCACUCUAUGGUCAGAUUAGUAAGAAUAUUGAUGUGUAUAUUUUUGGUGUAGUAAACUACUAUAGAUUACACCAUUUGUUUUUGUUUUUGUAUGUUCUUUGAUAUUACCUAGUGAGUCAUUUCAAAUUAAAUUGAUAUAACUAUUGUGUGUGGUGUA